CAAUCUUGAAUGAACCUGUAAGUGAAACUACUCGAUCUUCCACUCGUCAGUUACGCACUCAUCACUCCGAUCCAGUUAUUCGAAUUAUAAGUCAUGGAUGAACAAGGCUGUGACUUGAAACUAGCUACCGGUAGUAGUUCCGAUCAUCGUUUGGUUGAAACCCCUGUCAAAGAAGAAACAUUACUCAAAGAGAUCAAAGAAAUUGAUUUCUUUCCCAAUAGACUUCCCGAUCCACCGGCACCUGGUCAUCAUGUAAUGCUGACUACUCUUCAGCUUCAAGUUGAGUUACAGCGAGAACACAAAGAGAAUCAAAAGCUCAAAUCCAUGUUGAACCAAAUCACCAAAAGCUACAAUGAGUUGCAGGCGCAGCUGCGCAUGAUCAGACUACAAGAGCAGCUGCAAACUUCUGCAGAAGACGGCUAUCUUGAUCCGAAGUUAUCAUCCCUUCAUGAUGACCAAUCCCCCAAAAGUAGUAAUCACCAAGAUCAUGAUAAAGAACAAGUUCUAGCUGCUACUGACCAUGAUCAGGUUCCUUUAAGAAGGGCUAGAGUCUCAGUACGAGCAAGAUCGGAAGCUCCCAUGAUUAUCGAUGGAUGUCAGUGGAGGAAGUACGGUCAAAAGAUGGCCAAGGGAAACCCCUGUCCUCGUUCUUACUAUCGCUGCACUAUGGCCGCUGGAUGCCCUGUUCGAAAACAGGUGCAAAGAUUGGCAGAGGACAAGACCAUUCUGAUAACCACAUAUGAAGGUAAUCACAACCACCCUCUUCCUCCAGCCGCGAGAUCUAUGGCUAAUACCACAUCAGCAGCAGCAGCCAUGUUGGUAUCGGGUUCAACAACCAGCAAGGAAGGAACACAACCAGCUACAGGCUUGUUCUCUUCUCUUCAUGAGCAGCCCUUUGGUUCAUCCAUGGCCACCUUUUCAACCUCUUCACCAUUUCCCACAAUCACACUGGACAUGACCCGCACCCCGAUUUCUAACCCUAAUCCCAUGCAACUCAUCAUGCACAGUAGUGCUCCCACGUCAUUUCCUCUUCCUUUGCAGGGUUAUAAUAAUCAUCCGAUUAUAGGGCAUCCCUUGCGUUUGAAUUUCCCUCAUCCUAAUUAUGCAGCGGCAAUGCAACUAGAUCGAAGCCACAGUUCGAUGGUUGAGACGAUAACUGCAGCCAUUACUUCUGACCCCAAGUUCACUACAGCCCUAGCUGCUGCCAUCUCAAGUAGUAUGAAUAAUGUAGAGAAUAUUAAGACUGGAUUACAAGGAAGUUCUGAUGAUACCAGUUCCCUCAACAGUAAUGGUAACGAAGUUUACGCUGUAUUAUCUGGCUCCCCACAGCAUCCUAAGUCAUGCACCACUUUCUCCACCACCUAAUAUUUGCUGCAUGCAUGCAUGACAUGGGCUGUGUGUUGUAAAUGAACAAGUCGACGCGAUGCUGGGGAACGUAAUAGAAUGGUAAAUAAUAUGGUGCUCUUAAUCAAUAGCUACGUACAUGCCUCAUGGGAUUAAAUAUUUGUGAAUUUGAAGCAAUUAAUUGAAUGUGAUGUACGUGUAUAUAUAUUUCAAAGUUUAUAUACAUCUGUACGAAAAACAUACAUGAUAUCAGUAUACCGACCUUCUUUUUUUCAUUUA